AUGGCAGAACAAGAUCCAGGUUUACCAACUCAAGCAAUUUGGGAUAUCCCCUUUGAAUCACUUGAAUUCAAAGAGAGAAUCGGAAAAGGUUCAUUUGGUUCAGUAUUCAAGGGAGUCUAUCUUGGUUUAGAUGUAGCCAUCAAAAAGAUUGAAAAGGCUGAUGACCCUGAAUACCUUAAAUAUAUUGAUCGUGAAGUUUCAAUGCUUCAGAGUCUAAGACAUCCAUUUAUAGUUCAAUUUUCAGGUAUUUGUGUACAUUCAACAGGAUUGUAUAUUAUCACAGAGUUUGUGUCUGGUGGUGAUGUACGUCAACUACUCAAACAAGAACCAAUUAUUGGAUGGGACAAGAGACUGAGCAUCUCUAUCGACUUGGCAAAGGCAAUGGUAUUUUUACACGCAAAAAAGAUCAUUCAUCGUGAUCUAAAGUCAAAGAACAUCUUGUUGGAUGAACACAAGAGAAUUAGAUUAUGUGACUUUGGUUUUGCUAGAAUGAACGAACAGACUAAAAAAUCAAGACACAUGACAAUGUGUGGCACUGAAGGUUGGGUUGCUCCAGAAAUUCUACUUGGAAUGAGUUACGAUACAUCGUGCGAUGUAUUCUCUUUUGGUGUAGUCCUCGCAGAACUCAUAACUGGUCGUAAACCAGGUGUAGAUCUUUGGGUUCGUACCCCUGAAACUUGUUUUGAUAUUAAUCCAACUGAAUUACAAAGUAAAGCUUUACCUGGAUGUCCACAAAAAUUAAUUGAUAUGUGUAGUUUAUGUUGUACUUAUGAACCACUUUCAAGACCAAAAUUUGAAGAAGUAUUAAAGAUUCUUAAUGCUAUUCCUGUACCACAACCAAUUGUAAAUGAAUUAAAAUCACCUGAUGUUUUACCAGCACAACAACAACAACAACAACAACAAACAAAUGUUAUUAAUUUGCAAAAUAAUACAACUUCUACAACUACUACAACAAAUAAUAAUAAUAAUAAUAAUAAUCAAAAACAAACAAAUGGAAAUUUAUCACCAACCAUUGCAAAAUCAAGAUUAACAAUUAGAUUACAAGAAAAUGGUGGAACUACAACAACAACUGGAACCGAUUCAAAUGGUUCACAUCCAAGACCAAGAACAUCAACAGGAGAUCAAAGUACUCUUGGAAGUAAUUGGCGUGUUGGAGCAUUGAAACCACCAGGAUAUUAUACAUUGAAAAAGAAGAUGUCAUCCAACCAAACUGCAUUGAUUAAUCAUUUGGUAAAGAUGGUUGAACGUGCUACUUCAGAUUAUUGUUAUGAUACUUCUUAUAUUCAAGAUUUGUUGUUGACCUAUAGAUGUUUCUCGACACCACAGAAUUUGUACGAGUUGUUGACCAACCGUUAUUGCACCAACUCUCCCGACCAAUUCUCGGGAGACAUGGCCACGUGGAAACGUGUCAACCGUGUCAUUCAGUUGCGUGUGGUCAUUUUCUUUAAGCGAUGGAUCGAUUACUACCCAUCCGACUUUCAAGAUGAGGAUAUGGUCGACAAGCUCAACGAGUUUGACCAAGUGAUCAUCCAAAACAACUUGGCUGCUCUUUCACUCACUUCAACACUCAACACUGUGCAAGAAGCCGAGCCACGUCUUGUCGGCGAGUUGACCAAGAAGCGCAAUGAAAUGUCGCAGUCGACUUUGGCAUCGUCAUCCAACACCCAGUACCCCACCAGCAUCCUACCACCUCCACCUGCUGGCGAGUAUUUGGAUGUUGCCGAUGUCAACGCUAUCGAGUUGGCUCGUCAAUUCUCCAUCAUCAAUGGCGCCAACUUUACACAGAUCCAGUCUCGUGAAUACCUAGAGUUUUGUUGGGAGAAAUUGACCGACUCUGCAAGCCAGGCUGCUACAGGCGGUCCGUGGAUCGGCGCACCUCUUAUUGGCAGUCGUCCCGCCGCCAACAUUCACACUUUUCUCGAGCACUAUGACGACCUCGUUCGUUUUGUCAGUACAGAGAUCGUCAAGCAGUCGCAAAAGGUCAAGCGUGUCGCCACGCUCGAGCGAUUCAUCGAGUGUGCCGAGCGCUGCUUGCAGCACGGCGACUUUGCCAGUGUCUUUUGUAUCAUGGAAGGUCUCGCCAACAGCGCAGUCGAACGUCUCUCUGACACUUUCAACGCUCUCCCUGAAACGAGCAGUCCCAAGCUGUUACCAGGCGGCAUCGUCAACUUUUUCCACUAUCGUCAGCUCUCUAGAAAAAUCCUUUUUGCUCAACAACUCCUCUCAUCUGGCCUCUACUCGUUCCGUCCAGUCCCAUCCAUUCAAAAGAUUUUAUCAAAACCUCCCCAAGAACUUUAUGAUGAUGAGGUCAUUAGGCAUUAUUCAUUAGUUUGUGAACCUCCAGUUUCUCUUUAA